CCAGGACUUCACAGUACAGAUCUGUCAUAUAAUCCUCCUAUUUAUGAGGAACCUUCUCCUGACCAAUCACCGAUUGUUACCGCAAGUACAAGUCAGAAAAGGAUUAAAAGGUUUCAUUGUGGUAAAGAAUCCACAAACAGCUCAGGACUUUCUACACACCGAAGACAUCACACAGGAGAGAAAAUGUAUUCAUGUUCAGAAUGUGAGAAAUGUUUUAUAUAUAAAUCAGAUCUUGUUACACAUGAGAGAAGUCACACAGGAGAGAAACCAUAUUCAUGUUCAGAAUGUGGGAAAUGUUUCACACGGAAAUCAAGUUUUGUUAUACAUGAGAGAUGUCACACUGGAGAGAAGCCAUAUUCAUGUUUAGAAUGUGGGAAAUGUUUCACACGGAAAUCAAGUUUUGUUACACAUGAGAGAUGUCACACAGGAGAGAAGCCAUAUUCAUGUUCAGAAUGUGGGAAAUAUUUUAGAAAGAAAUCAUAUCUUGUUACACAUGAGAGAUAUCACACAGGAGAGAAGCCAUAUUCAUGUUCAGAAUGUGGAAAAUGUUUUACAGAGAAACCACAACUUGUUAAACAUGAGAGAUGUCACACAGGAGAGAAGCCAUAUUCAUGUUCAGAAUGUGGGAAGUGGUUUAGACAAAAAUCUCAUCUUGUUAUACAUGAGAGAAGUCACACAGGAGAGCAGCCAUAUUCAUGUUCAGAAUGUGGGAAACGUUUCACACGGAAACCAUAUCUUGUUACACAUGAGAGAAUUCACACUGGGGAAAAGCCGUAUUUAUGUUCAGAAUGUGGGAAAUGUUUUUCAGAUAGAUCAAGUUUUCUAAAACAUAAGAGGAAUCAUACGGGUGAGAAGCCGUUUUCAUGUCCACAAUGUGGGAAAUAUUUUGCAUAUAAAUCAGCGCUUGUUCGACAUGAGAGAAGUCACACAGGAGAGAAGCCGUAUUCAUGUUCAGAAUGUGGGAAAUAUUUUGCACAUAAAGCACAUCUUGCUAGACAUGAGAGAAGUCACACAGGAGAGAAACCAAAUUCAUGUUCAGAAUGUGGGAAAUAUUUUGCAUGUAAAUCACAUCUUGUUAGACAUGAGAAAAGUCACACAGGCGACAAGCCGUAUUCAUGUUCAGAAUGUGGGAAAUGUUUUACAGAUAAAUUCUAUCUUGUCAGACAUCAGAGAAUUCACACAGGAGAGAAGCCGUAUUCAUGUUCAGAAUGUGGGAAAUGUUUUAAUGCUAAAUCAAGUCUUGUUACACAUCAGAGAAUGCACACAGGGGAGAAGCCAUACUUCUGUUCAGAAUGUGGGGACUGUUUUAUUACUAAGGCCAAACUUAGUUAUCAUCAGAGAAGGCACACUGGAGAGAAACCAUAUUCAUGUUCAGAUUGUGGGAAAUGUUUUAAUGCUAAAUCAAGUCUAGUUACACAUCAGAAAUUACAUACAAGGGAGAAGCCGUAUUCAUGUUCAGAAUGUGGGAAAUGUUUUACAGAUAAAUCACAUCUUGUUAAACAUGAAAGAAGUCACACAGGAGAGAAACCGUUUUCAUGUUCAGAAUGUGGGAAACGUUUUACACUUAGACAAACUCUUGUUAAACAUGCGCUACGUCACACAGAAGAGAAACCAUAUUCAUGUUCAGAAUGUGGGAAAUGUUUUACACAGAAACCAAGUCUUGCUGCACAUCAGAGAAGUCACAGAGGAGAGAAGCUGUAUUCAUGUUCAGAAUGUAAGAAACGUUUUACACUUAGACAAAAUCUUGUUAAACAUGCGCUACGUCACGCAGUAAGGAAGCCGUAUUCAUGUUCAGAAUGUGAGCAAUGUUUCACUCAAAAAUCAGAUCGUGAUAGUCAUGAGAAAAGUCACAGAAGAGUAAGGAUACGAUCACAAUUCCAGAAUUUGGACUUUGAUUUUGAUUCCAAUUAAAGAAUGAAGUUAUUCGAUAACAAAUAAAAUAACACA